GUCACCACCUCUGAUUGUACUUUGAUCAAACUUCGAAAUUACUCCCACUUUGUAUGCCAGAUGAAUACACUGGGCCAGACUUCUCCAUAAAAACCUUUCGGCUGUGUUUCACUCGGUCAAAACUGACGCUGCAUGAUGAAAAAGCGGAUCGUUAAAACGGAGGAAAAACCCUCCACGAGCAGCGAGGCACGGGGGGCAGCCCGAGACCGGAAGAAGGGGGGGGCACAGUGAGUAACCCGCUAACCCUCUGCAAAAAUAUAUUUUGGCCGUUUUAAUUUAAUGGGCUUAACUCAAAGUACUGUAAAUAUUGCUAAGUGUACACGCGAAACAGGAGGUCUGUCUCUUUGAAUGUGGCCUGGGCUCUAAUUUCCGCUAUCCCUGUACAGUCUAAGUUCGAGGGGGCGGGGCAAACUGAGGGCUGAUGUUGGAUGGACAGCGGUAGACAAAAGGCGGAAGUUUAUCACGGAAACUACGUUCAUGCAACUUAACAAAAUGGCAAGGGGUCCAGUGAAAAAUUAAAACGACCUACCUUUGAUCGGUUUAAACUUUUUAGUGCAUAUAUCAUAAUGAAUGAAACCCUGAUUAAGAAGAACCAAAAGACACUGUGGGAAAGACAGACUGAAAGCAGUUCAAUUCCUGAAAAUGUUUAGAAACCUGAAAUGUUGUCAUUAAAAGCCAAACAUUCUAAGACGUGCAAAUCUGAUAAAUAACUAGUUACUCUUGUCACAUUUAAACUAAGUUGUGUUAAAAUAUGCUGCACUUUCCAAAAGAAUCUGGUUGUAUUCUCCAGGUGUUUGUUAAAACUAUCUUAUGGAAUAUCAUGAUUGUUUUACGCUGAUGACUUAAAACAAGUCCUUAAUAUUAAUGAAGCUGAGGGUCAUCAUUGCGAAGGCUGCCAUAUGGUAUUCUUUUCCACAGUAGCUCAGUGCAGACAAAGUAGCAGGAACCAAACAUGUUUUGUUAAUUACUGGGCUGCAAGUGGGUUAAUGGAGAGGAAAGAGUUAUCAGUUGUUGUGCUUCAGUGAUGUACUGAUACAAUUUUUCAUCAAAAAAACCUAAUGUAGAGGACUAUACUGGAAUGUGAAUCAGGGUUUUAUCCAAAAAUCAAAAACAUGAAGAAGUAGACUGAGAUCAGCACAGGUGACAGCAGAGAAUUUAGGGUUAGCAUGGGUGUUAGUUUUCAUAGAUGACAAUCCUAAUGAUGAAUGAAUGUGAGCGGUGCUGAAGUUGUCUGUUCCUCUGGGUGGUAGGGGAAGGUUUAUUCCCUCAAAGGUUCAUGAGUUUACAGAAACAUAAAGCUGAAUGAUCUCAGUUGGAGCUGCUGCUGUCAGAGAUCCUGCUGAUGUAUCCUCAGAAUGAUCAGAGUCAACUAUGAGGAGACCUUUACAAGUUUUGGUUGUUAUUGUAUAUUUACUUAAUUUCCAGUGUGUUACAGAUUGUAUUGCAUCACACCAAAAUUUUGGUGUACUUUAAAAUCUGUCGAGAGCUUUUUGGACAUCUUCAGGAAUAGAUCUGAAAGUUAAUGUGAAGUGUUAACCCUAAACAGAGGAGACAGUUUGAUGGCUGCUGAAAAUGAACCUCCUAUAGGUUUCCCUCCAGCAGUGAGGAGAAAUCACUCUGCAGCCAGAAGGACUCCUGGCUGAUGAGGGUGUUAAUGGAAGGGGUGGGAUUUAUUGUCCAUUAAUUGACUCCAGUCUGAAUAGUUUCCUACUUUCCCCUCUAGGAAACGGACUCCACUGACAGUUCAUCUGUAUGGUUAGAUUUCAGUUCCUCUCACCCACAUUAAUGUAUCCAUAUAAAUGUUGUUGUCAUGCUCUGCUGGUAGGACAUAUGGAGCAGGUCUGAACAUGCAAAUGGGCCUACUUCUGCAAUCCUAUAUAUCUACUGAACCACUUACACUGAGAUUCUUUUCAUUUUUGCCUCCACUGAGUUGAGAUUGUUCUUUUUGCACCUCUCAGCAAAGUCAUCCACACCCACAUCUCUCUCCCCCUGAUGACGCAGAAGUGUUCAGUACAUCUAUGAGCACGGUUUUAUCCACAAAUCUUCUGGGGGAACUCUCUCUACUGGAGACCAAAGCUGUAGUGUUUGGUUAACGUACCUCUCUGACGAUGAUUUAUUAAAUUUUACUUAAUAUGAAAGCCUGUAAGGGAAACAUUUAUGACCUGAUAACUCUUCUGAGCAGUUCAGGUCAUAAACAGUGUUUGUAAAGAAUAGCUGCAGCAGCAUCAGAGUGGGUGGGGUCUGAGUACCAGGGUCCAGGUAAGGAGGGGGGCCCUGAUUUGCCUAAAAUAUACAUACAGUUUUUGUUUUUUCUCAAAGCUGUUAAUAACAUAGUAAAACUUAAAUUGUCCAAAUAAAUCAAUAGAUACUAAAUAUUUCUUUCUAUAAAUAAUGGGAAGUCUCCGUCACUCUUACCCCUACCAAAUGCAAAUGGAUUAAAUUAUUCAUUAUUUUUAGAGUGUUGAAAGAAGUAUAGCAUACUAAGCUUUUCUCAGUGGAGUAAGAAUGAUGAAGAGGGCAGACAAAGGUUGGUAAUUUAAGUUUUUGCCAGAGGACCCAGGUCUAUGGUCAGAGGAGCUCAUCAGUCAACAGAGACACAACUGUUGGCAAAAAAAGGGAUAAAAAAGACUGAAUGUAACCAGAAUGGCACCAGAAGUUAUGGAGGGAAAGCUACACUGCUCUUGCUGAGGAACAUUUACUCUCUGCCGAUUUAGACAUGUCAAGACAAAGUCAGUUAUUUAAAGCCUUAAUUAGGUUGUUAGGGUUAGGGGUUAGGAGGCAUGCUUUUAAUAACUGUGCUGGGUUGCUCAGGCUGUGGUCCAAGAGGAUAUAUUUUCAUGGGGUCCAGAAUUCUCACUGACGCCUUUGGAUAGCUGAAUACCAAACUGAGUUCAAGAGUACAAGGGCUUUGAAUAACAACAGACUGGGCUUCAUUCAUAACUUAUGAGUCCAAACCAGCAAGUAGCACUGAUUCAUGUAAAUGGUGAUACAUUCACACAUGAAGCCCAUUUAAACACCCCCAACUGAUCUACCAUCUCACACUGUUUACUUUGUUCUUGGCUCAACAUUGAUAGACUAUUUAAUUUUCCACUGAUUUCAACUCAUCAACACCCUGUGAGAUUUAAAGACAAACAGGUUCAGAGCGUGAAGUGUUCAUGUUCAACACACGUGCUCUCUGCUCCAGAAACCUUUGUCUCCUCUGCAGCUCCAGCCUCUCCACUUACUGACCUAAGGGAUCCACGAAUCUCUACACCAAGAAGUGGUUUUCUGCAUCUUAACAAUUACAGUUUGCUUAGCUGCAACAACUUUGAUCACUCAAGUAUAAUAUUAUUAUCUCAACCCCAGCCAGCUUUUUUGUUCUGGGACUUGGCUGAAAAAAGAGAUUAACAAUGUUGUUCUUCUUUUAUGAUUUUAAUACUGUCAGAACCCACAGAGCUUACAAAGGCAGGCAGAGGUGUUGCAGAGCAUAUCAAAUCAUCCACAUCUGGGCUCGAACUGACAUCUGUUUUAAUUCCUAAACAUUUCUUGAGGCACAAUACUUCAGCUGUUGUGAUUGGUGUCUACAGACCUCCCUCUGUCUCAGGGGCACUGGAUAAACUGGCUGAACUAACACAGCUAUUCAUUGAACAUGAAGUGACUUGGUUAUCUCAGUCUAGACUGGCUUACCUCAGCAUCAAACACAAUCAAUAAGCUUUUCUGCAAUCUUAAUUUUCAAAUUGAUUUCCUCUCGCUCUCUCCUCAGCCUUCCAGAUUUCAGCAGGUCAGGUUUGAUUUAGUUAAUAUUAACAGACCUGAGAAUACUCUGCCACUGUCCUAUGUGUGCACUAGAAAUGUGAAGAGGAGUAGAUUAACUUACAUAUUUCAGUGAAAAGACACCCUGUAAAAUAUAAUGAGCAGACUUUUUUACAUGACCUUGACAUUGUCAAAUAGCUGGCGCCUUAAGCACCCCUGAAGUCAGCUUCAAGUUGUUUCACCGGAUUUUUUACACAGUUGUAGAUAAACAUGUACCUUUUAUGACAAGGACAAGGUCUAACUCCACUUUCCAACAUUGUUUUAUUCAAGAGACAAGGCAUUCGCUUUAGCUCGACUCUCACCAAAUAUUACUGUUUUUCUUUGAAACAAAUCAGGAAUGGGUGCACUGCUGACAGAAAAGCCAAAUCUGACUGUUACCUACAGUACCUCACUAGGUCUAAUUGCAACUCCAGUAAAUUUUGGAAAGUUGCACCAUUCUGUCCAUCUUUGCUCUAACUGGUUCAUGUCAGAUAACUAACAUGAAUAAAAUUUGCACUGCUUCCAGUCAUUCACUCUCCAGCCUUGAUGUUGAAGCCACAGGUUCCUUAGAAACACAAAAACCAUUUUACUGCUGAGAGGUGCUAGAGUAAACCAGUCUCUCAGUCUCACUCCCUGUGUCAUCUGAAGCAGGAACCUCAUGAAUGUUGAUGCAAACAGAUCUACUGGUGAUGACAGACUGGAACCAUUCGCUCUCAAACUCUCAGCACAGCUCAUUAGUGUAUACAUAAUUCAUGUCUAUAAUGUCAGAGUCACUUUGGUCAUUGGUGUGUUCUUUACCAAAGUCAAGGGUCUGUCUGCUUGAUCAAUUAGGAGAGAUCCGCAACUUACAUAUUUUAUGAAUAAAAAAAGAAAACGAAAACUUCCCCUCAUCUCUUAGCUCAGUUAUGGCAUAUGUCAUGGCAGACCCGCAGGUCCCAAAUAUUCAGAUUUGGAAAGAUCAACUUUUAGUUUGUCUGCAUUGAAUACCUGAAAAAAUUCUAAGCCAACCAUAGUAACAUCAUUUACAUUCUGAGAUUACAUUUCUGUAUUUAUUGAUUUCAAUUGCUUUUCCUUUGAAUGAAUUUAUCUGUUCUGUGUAUACUUCCAUUGUUCAUUUUAAAUCUUUUCCUGCAAAGUCUUACCUUUUUUUGUUGGUACAUGAAUUUCUUUGUUGUCUUCUGUUUCUCUGGUGUUGCUGCCCCCUGGCCUGAUCUGAUAGGCUUUUGUAUCUGCUUUUAUUCUUAUAUCUGCUCUACAAUUGUCUGCACCUUGACACCAUUGUGAAUGACUGUUAUCCCUCAGUAUUUUUCAAUAAAAUAAAGUACUGCACAGAGGUUGAAUGAGUGCAGAUACAUGGUUUCCCCUCUAAAUUCCUGAGUCAUCACAUGACUCCAAGUUGCGGCUGAAGGUUGUGUUGUCUUAUUUAUGAUGCCUAUUUCAGUUUGGCCCUGUAACAUGUUAAUGCAAAGUGUAAGAUAAAGAUUUCAUUGGUUUAUUGAUAGAACCUCUGUGACUUGUUAGUAUGUAAUUAUAACUUCAUCCUCUGUCUGCUCUCAGGCACCAUUGGUUGUCGAAAAGAGGCGUAUUGGCCCUUAUUGUUGUCUUAACCUUAGGGACUUUCUCACUGGUGAAACUCCCCGAAUUAAUCCAGCAUUUUGUUUAUGUUCACAGAAGUAAGUGAUUUUUUGUACCUCUUAAAAGUCACACAGAUCAUCUAAAUGUUCAUGCACUGAAGGUAAACGGAGCCCCUCCUCUUUUUUUCUGACUUGUAGUCAGGGUGCCAUUUUUCAUUGACCUUCAACAACCUGCAGACUUCUCUCUUAAUCACACCAUCAACAUGUAUCUAACAUCAGAGGAAGGGAUCUCCUUUGGUGUAUGGUAAGCUUCAUUGAACUAUUUUCCAUUUAUAGCCUUAAUAAAAAAAGAAGUAAGAGUUUUUUCCAAUUAUUAGUCUCUAAGCAAGUAUAUCAUUUCGACCUGUUCCAGGCAGACAGUCCCUGCAAGUCUGUGGAAAGAGGCACAAGGGAAGGACUUGGCGUGGUACCACAAGAGCCUGGGUGAUGGACGUCCAGUUUUCAUCUAUUUUCAUGGGAACACCGGCACCAGGUAUGAUAAAUUAUGCAUUUGUGUCAUAGUUUGCUGUGAAAGAGGCAUAGAGCAAAAAUGCCUCAAAGCAAGAUGUAUUUGUCAUUUUAUUUUGGUGAACACCAAUGUUGUUUCUGAAUCAUUCCACAGGGCAGCACCUCAUCGAGUGGGAGUGGCAAAAGUGAGUGAUCGCCAAUAAUAAUGUAACCAUCUUUUGGAGGUCUCAUAGAGGUAUGAAAGUCUUCACUGCUGUUCUAGUGACAAAUGAGUCUUAUGUGUCGACAGAUAUUGAGCACACUCGAUUACCAUGUGCUUGUGCCUGAGUACAGAGGUUGGUAUAAAUUAAGAUUUAUAAGUCUUCUUCUAAGCAUAUUUUCCAAACCUAUGAUUCUACACCUUCUCAUUUAUUGUAAUGCAUAAUCUUCUCACAUUAAUCUAAUAUCAUUUGCAGCAGUAUGAUUACUGUAGACUAAUGUAUGCAUACUUGAUGAGCUGUUUGUUGUAAGGCAGUCGAUAGACAGCAGUUCAAUGAAAGGUCAGUGUGAGUGCGGGGUUUCCUGAUCAGUUGCUGCCCUCUGGUGGCAGUGUGGAGCAGCUCUCUGAUCUGUAAGUGAACGUCUGUUGAUGUGAGAAACUCUGGCAGGGUUUGGAGAUUCAACUGGGGAGCCAACUGAAGAUGGUCUGACCACUGAUGCCCUCUUCUUGUACAACUGGGUGAAAGCGCGCAGUGGGAACAGCUUGGUGGUCAUCUGGGGACACUCACUCGGCACAGCGUGAGCAAGGAACCAUUUCUUAUCUGCAAAAUGUACCUAAGAGUAAACUCUUUAGUUCAGCUCACUGUUGAAUGAAUAUUUCUAAUGCACAUCAUUUACCAGGGGUCAACCCGCAAUGGUUUUUCAAUGCCAAUACCAAGUAUAAGCUGUCCAUGAGGCUGCGAAAUGAUAUUUGGUGCUAAGAAAUAUUUGUUCCGUCAAAUUUUAGAUUAUGGGUUUGUCAAAGAAAAUAUUAGGUGACUAAUUAGUAUAGAUUUAUAUGUGCAACAGCAAAAAGAUGAGUUUUUAUCUCUGUAGACACAUUUUACAGUUUAUCAGCCAAGUGCUCAGAUUUUACACAUCAGUUAGAGGACAGAGACACACCUGCAGCCAAGCUAAGGAAGCACACAUUGAAUCAAUAAUAUCAAACAUUAGUAACAUGAAACACCCAUGCAGAUAAUCAGCCAAAUGCUGAUUACCAGCCCGCAAUAAUCAGCCAGGCUGAUCCCUCUUAUUUACUUGUGAAUUAAUAUUUUACCACAUUUACACCUUAAUGACACCUUUACUUUCUGUGUCUGGUAUAUAUAAAACAUCAGUAAUCCAAAGUCAUGAACAUGAGCAGUGAUCAAACGGUGUAUGUAUACGAGGAUGUGAAGAGCUCCACGUAAAGAAAGAGCAUGUAAAAACCCAAAUUGACUGUAGAGCAGCUGUGUAAAAACUCCACAUCAGGCCAAGGUCAACACAAAGAGACCCGAACACUUCUCUAAUCUCUACUAACCUACUUAUUUAAUCUAGCAUAAACACACAGGCACAUGAAACCCUGCACAACUCCGCACAUGCACUGCACUCAGUGUUAAUAGCAAAAGGCUAACAUGCAACACCAGUCCACAGGAGGCUUUUGUAUAAUACUUGGAAAUAAGGAAAGAUAAGGAAGCACCAGGAAAAUACAUGAUAGAAGUAUAAUGCAUAUGAUAAAGCAAAGCUGGUAAAAUAUUACAAUUAGAGGGCUAUAUACAGUAAAAAGUCUACUGAUGUGUGAGCUCCUGUUCAUGGUGUGAAAAACAUGUUUUUCUUCCAGUCAGGACUUAAUACCUUUGUUAAAAACAUUAAAGUUUUGUUGGAGUUUCAUCUCAAGUUUAUCUUUACUGUCAUCCCGCUAUCUUGUUACAAAUUCAUUAAACAGAGGAAGGACUUAUCAAACGACUGAGCUACUAUCCUAGUGGUUGUCAGUGAUUGAGCAUGAGCAGGGGAAGGGUUUUGGCAUUAAGACAAGGCACAUAAAACCAAAUUUGAGAAGCUGGCAGUAGCACAUUGAUGACUAUCGUACAGAUCUCUCCACACGGUGAAAUACAAAUUCAAGAAAACAAAGGGCUAAAAUUCAAAUAGUGGCUAUAACUAUCAGCAGUUUUUGUAUGCAAAGUCAAAUGCUUGUGUGAGUGGGCAGUAAGUACAUAAGGGAAAAUGUACAGUAGGUGGGUUGCUAUAGCGUAUUGAAUCCCAAACAAAGCAAACAAGACCUCCGCAUGGCCUAGAUAUGAUAAUGUAAAUAUGAUUAUAUAAGCGAAUAUAUAAUCCAUAGUAAAGCUCUGUUGCCUUGGUUAGGAAAAAGCUACCAAACAUUCCCGUCAUAGCCUCUAGUCUUUGUGUUUCAACCCCAUUGCAUUUACUUUGUGGGUUUUAUCUCUUUAGAUUUUCCCCAUCGUAAACUCAGAGACAGAAAAUAAACCAGACUUCUCUCAGCGGAUUGAUUUGAUUACAUUUAGCCCACUAGAGUCUGUGACUAGAGCUGUGUUCAUACCAACAGUGUGCUGGUGAGACCUAACAAAUUGUUGUUUUGGAGUGUCGAAAAGUCAGGGUCAAGUGUUUUUGAACUCAUCUGUGCAGUUAAUACAAAACAAAACAAAUCUUACUCCAAAGACACACCAGGCUGAUACUGGACAGUGUUAAACCAAACCUUUCCACAGUUAGGACAGGUGAAUAAGAAGAUGUUGUUUUCAAAAACAAACUAAAGCUGUUGUUCAUGUCUCUCUGUGCAGAGUAUCAACCAACACUGCAGCUAAACUGAUUGAAAUGGGUAAGUUUAGGUACUGAGGAUUUGAACAGAAAGGAAUAAGAGAGUUAUGAUUGAUACAGUGUGCUGCUGUGUUUUUUUCCAGGUGUGGUUUUUGAUGGUGUUAUCCUUGAGGGUGCUUUCAGUACUGCAGGACAAAAACUUACCAUGCAUCCCUUUACUUGGGUAAACUUAUCUACAGCGACUCAGCUUUUCUGAUCUUUAUUUUUUUUCUUUUCAUGUGAUUGCUGCUUCAUUGUACUAUAUUUUUGUUUUUCAUCUAUUAUUUUCCUUCUGUUUACAGUAUUACUGGAAAUUUCCCGGUAUGGGCUAUUUAUUCCCAGAGCCGUGGGCAGAGAACAAGCUUGUCUUUGCCACUCAUGAAAAGUGAGUUGAGAUGAACUGCUAAGUAAUAUUUCAAGACAAUAUUUCAUCAGGCAUAAUACUGAGAACUGAUUAGGCUGAUGAAUUUGUAGUUACCAGUGUUAAACAAUGUGUUUUCUUGACUCUGCAGCCUGAAAAAAAUGAGAUGCCCAAUCCUUUUUCUUCACUCUGAGGAUGACCACGUUGUUCCUAUUGAGAUUGCUGAUCAGGUAAUAAUCUUCUUAAAGCUUCUCUUCAUCAAAGACACAAUAAACAGAAGUGGUACUUUUUCUCAUAGCUGUAGCAGAAGUGACUUAUCAAACUCUUUAAGAUUUUAAAAGUACAGUGCACAGAAAUGGGAAUAUAUAGCCCUAUCUAGCAAUUCUAUUUGCCGGUGUAGGUUCUAUAGUGAAAUGCUCCCUUGCUCUCCCCUUUUGUGAGUAAAGCUAUGGUGGCCUUUAAGGACAAGAAGCACAUGAUGACUUUUUUUGUUUGAUCCCCUGUUUUUCAAUUUCUUACCAUUAAACAUUAAUCAUUACAUUUUUUUGCAAAUACCAGCAGCAUCCUCCUCUUCUUUGUCUUCCAGUUCAUUGUGCACACACUAUGAACAAAAGUGUGUUUGAUAUUAGUGUGUCCAGUCUGAGCUACUGCAGUAGGUGCAAAGUGGCAGGCCCUGUGGUAGGGGACCUGCUCCUAUAUAGUUAAAGGUGGCAUAUUGUAAAAUUGUAAAUUCCAAGUUAACAAACAGAACAAUUUUUAUACCUAGGUAAAGCAGUUGGCUCAAUAGCCAUUCAAUCUCGAUUAUGUUAUUUUUAUGACAGGAGGGACCAGUAAUCACAAUCAUAAUUAAAAUCAGAUUAAUUGGAUUAUAACCUUUGGUUAUCUCUAAUUUUGCUGUUCUGUUAAAUGCCACUAAAUACUUUACACUGUAUCUUUAAUUUUUGUAUGUAAAUAGUGUAAGGUUGGUUGUGUGUAGACUGUUCUGUCCUCUGUGUCCCAGUUGUAUGAGGUGGCAGUCAAAGCCCAGAACACAGAGCGAGUCAAGCUGGUGAAGUUUGAUGGUUCUAAGGGGUACCUACACAAUGGCUUAUACAGAGACCCCAAGCUGCCCGACGUCAUAAAGUGAGAAAACAUUUCAGUUUAGGUGAUAACGUCUGCCUACCUUUGUGUGUUUUUUUUAAUCUCUACAACACAAACAGUAUCUCGUUGUGUCUCCUCUGCAGAAAUUUUGUGACGUCCUUGUAAAGUUGGAUGAAGGGUAUGGAGAUUAUCUGAGUAAUACUCAGGGGACUGAUUUUAUCUGAUUGCACAUUACAUCCAUGUAUGAUGUCUUUAUGCUGCACACUGCAUCUUCUGAAUAAAGAUAUGUGAUUAUCAUUGUGAUUUUUUUUAUUU